CAGAGAGAGAGACUGAGAGAGAGAGAGAGAGAGAGAUACAAGCUCGGCUGCAGCAGUCGCCGUCGUGCUAGUGGAGGUGAAGCGGGCGCAGGGAGCAGGGAGCCCGGCAACAGCAGCGCGGACAGCCGCUCACUUCCGCUGCCCAUCCGGCGCACAGAUUCCUCCAGGACUUGGAUUUGGAUUGAGAGCAGCUUAAGGGCUUUGGAUGUGACUUGUACUAACGAAAGCCUGGGAUCACGCGCUCUGCUGGGAUUGUAAGAACCCCCAUGGGCACUGGAGAAGCUGAACCUGAAUGAGGUUUUUGCCGCAGUCUCGGAGGCUUGCUUUCAGAGAGAAAUGAUUCCGCAUGAAUCGUGGCAAGUGCUCUCUCACAGCAGCUAUGUGUUCUGUUGCUUUCAGUUGAGAUCAGUGUCCAUUCAGCCUUAAGCACAGGAAAAAAGCUCCCAUCACCUCUGGUCUUCUCUCCACCCCCACUACCCUCACAGCAACAGCCAACCAGCAGGUGGCACAAGCAGAGAAUAAGAGAAAGGUGUAGAAGGAAGGAGUGUUGAAGAAAGAUAUAACACUGAGAAACCACCUUAAAAAGAGGUACAGCAAAAACAUUCAUUAUGAAGUCCAACCAAGAACGAAGCAAUGAGUGUUUGCCCCCAAAGAAACGUGAAAUCCCAGCAAGUACCCUUCCCUCAGAGGAUAGGCCCAUGGUGAUGGCUCCUGCCAGUGAGAGCCAGCGUGGAGGGAACCUUGCUUGGCUGGCCAGCAUGGCCAGUGGGCAUGAGAGAAACAAGCAGCAUACCAGCAGCUCAUCGGAAGCCGAAGGCUUUCAGUCCAAAACAACAGCGUCCAGUAAUGAGUCCAUUCGUGCUCAAACUGCAACAACUACCAUCCCCUCUGUGUAUACUUCACCACUUUCUCAACAGGUGGGCACCAUCCAGUACUCCCCCAUGCCCCCCAACCUGCACUUUAUCAGACCAUCACAUUCAGCACCUUAUGCUAGCUGCAUUUCUCCCUUUGUGCCCCCUGCAGCCACCACCACCUACACAUCCACCCAGCGACACUCUGAAGCCUACUCUGGCACUACCAAUUGUCCAGCAUCCAAACCCGAUACAGUAAUUUCCACUUCAGACAGCAUAUCUCAACCCCAUUCCACCCAGUAUGUUCAAAUUUCCAGCUCCCAACUCAGUGUAGUGCCUUGUACUGCAUCCUCAUCCCAUAGCCAUCUUCCCCUUCACCUACAACAGACACUUGCUCUUAGUGGGCCCUCUCAUCUCCUGCUAAAGUUCUCAGAUGGACCCUUGCCCAAAAAAGAAGAUGGCAGACAUAGAGAUAUGCUAAACGGUGAGCCAGAAAGGGGCCGUCGCUUCAACCAGCCCUCAGAGUCCAAGGUCAGCAGCAUAGCCAAAGGGUCUUUAUCCACCCAGCAUCACCAUAUCCACCAGCGAGACCACUAUGAGACCCGGCACAUGACAAUUCCACCAGAGUAUGCACAGGAAAGCACCGGUUUGAGGAACUCGUUAGUUCUAGUUCCCAACAGUCACAACUCCAACAUUGGUGAUCCAGGGGGAAAUCUGGACAAGCUGCCUCCCCCUCUGUCGAUGGCUGAAAAAGGAGGCAUCUGUGCAGGCAAGCCAGUUUCCCGCACUCCUUCCAGCACCUCUGUUUCCUUUCCACCUCCCCCAUUACCUGUGGAUGGUCUAAAGGCAGCAGUUACCACACUACCCCCCCACGCAGUUAUCCAUACCACACAUAGUGCAACCGAUUCUUUUGGCAUCACAUCCACCAACUUCUAUUCUGCUCAUCAGCCCAUUAUUGGGUACAUUGCAGGUACAGGGCAGCCACAGCCGCUCAGUUACCACACCAGCCUGCCUCCACACCUGCUCAUCCCAGGAACUCAGCCUGUUAUUAUCCCUGUAAGUGGAGCAGAAGCUACUGCCACAACUACAGCACCAACUUUUGCUGCAGCACUGCCCCAUGCAUUUGUGACCUCAACAGCCCCCAAAGGCGAGUCCUUUGAGACACCAGCUUCCUACCCCCACCCGACAGGUGCUGUGGUUCAGGCCCAACUGCACCUGCCUAUUCUGCCAGCCUCUGCUAGUCUGCCAGCUGCUCCACCUAUACCUUCCACACCCUCUUUACCACCCUACUUUACCAAGGGUUCUAUCAUUCAGCUAGCUGAUGGUGAGCUAAAGCGUGUGGAGGACUUAAAGACAGAAGACUUCAUUCAGAGUGCAGAAAUCAGUAGCGAAUUGAAGAUUGACUCCAGUACUGUGGAGCGCAUUGACAGCAGCCAUACACCUAACUCUGCCAUUAUCCAGUUUGCAGUGGGAGAGCAUCGUUCACAGGUGAAUGUGGAGGUGCUGGUAGAGUACCCUUUCUUUGUGUUUGGUCAGGGCUGGUCAUCAUGCUGUCCAGACCGGACCACUCAGCUGCUGGAACUGCCUUGCGCCAGGCUAGCUGUAGGUGAUGUCUGCAUUUCCCUCACUCUCAAGAACUUGAAAAAUGGCUCUUUGAAAAAGGGUCAGGGGCAGAUUUCAGAUUCUACCAGUCUUGGGCCACCUCUUAAACCACCUUUUAAAGCACCCUCAGGAGGGACUCGCAGGGCAGCACGGCACAUGGAGCAGGAGAAUGGACUAGCAAAGUGUGGCAAGGAACGAGGAUUAAACUCCCAGACAAGCAAGGAAAAUGGAGAACUUGGUUUUGGGGAGAAAGGAGCCUGUAGAAUUCCUCUACCUUCAGAGAUGGAAUCUAUCAGUAAACCUGCAGGCCGCAAGCGGAGAUGGUCGGCCCCAGAAGGUCGCAAAGUCGAGAAACCCGAAGAGGAACCACCCUUAACUCUUCCCAGGCCAUCAUUUAUCCCUCAGGAGGUUAAAAUCAGCAUUGAAGGCAGAUCGAAUAUUGGCAAAUGAAAGCCAUUUUGGACUCAUUUGUCAUUUUUGACUCGAAUGGAAAAAUGACCCUCACAAUGUUCUUUUUUUUUUUUUUCCAGAAUAUUGCUUUUUAUAUAAUUUCAAAAUUGAUAUCUCUAAAUUUUUCUAUCCAGAUUACUGUACUGUAGGCUAAAUUAACAGCAUCUACGUAUCUCCCUACGAGUAGUGAUAAUAAUUGAGUAGGUGCAUUGAAUAUAUACAACCAUCUUGGUCACAUAAAUUUGGGACAUUUGGGAUAUUAAAGUUGGGUUUAUGAUGUACUCAGCCUGACAUCCUGUUCUAACAUAUAAGACAAUUUAAAGUCACCAGAAAACUUUACAUAAGAAAUGUAACCUUCUAAAAAAUAAUUUCAGUGCAUUAAAACACGGGGAUACAGCUGAGGUGAGAGCCUAAUUUGAUUGUAUCAUAAAAUAUAAGAGCCAAUCAUGUUCUAAUAUGCAAAUGAAGCCCAUGCAACACUGUUUAGCAGGGGAAGGGAAUGGAAAUUUGUAAAUCUGUGGUAUUUCCAAAUUUAAUAUUUGUAGAAUCUGGUUAAUUUGAUGAGAGUUCUUCAAAGCAAGUUUUGGGUGACUUUAAAUGAUGCCUACUGAAACAACACUAGAUGCUUGUGGUGCAUUUGUCCCAGCUCCAUCCAUGUGUGAGCUUAAAAAAGGAGAUCGACAUGGAUGACAUUGCUCAGGGAGGCAGGACGGAACGCACUCCUCCACUGACUGCAGGAGUUUAAGUAAUAUAUCAGCCAUCCUGCUCCAGCAGUCUCAUCUGAUGUUAAGACAUAGACGACAGACAAUCUAAAGUCCAUCACAAAUAAAACUGAGGGUUUAAGACCUGGGGGUUCACCAUAGAUUGUGGUACCUUUUCUGAGGAAAAGAAGAGCAACCGAAUGCUAAGGUGCCUGCCGACUGAGAUCGAGAGAGAUCAAGUAAUGACAUCAUGCAGUGCCAGUUGCUCCUAGAAAAGUUAAAACUAUUCUAAUAGACCUGGAGAUAGUAGAGUUUGUUUUUAUAUAUUCACCUGUUGAACCAUUUUAUUUGUUUUGUUUUGUAGUUUUUUUCUCUUUUUUUUGUCUUUUUCUCUCUCUCUUUUAUUAUUUGCAAUGAAUGUGUAAACAUUGCAAUCAGGGGUCACUUUCAGUCAGGUAGACACCAAAUGGGUUUUUGUUUAUGUGUAGAUUUGAGGAUGGUUGACUUUUGAGCUAUAUGUGAUUGACAUUUGAUUACUUUUUUUUUUAAUAAGAAUUUAUUAUUUGAGAGAAAGUGAGAGAAAGUUGUCUAAGAAGGGAGAGACAGGUGAUCAAAGCACUUAACACACCUGUCAAACUCAUCAGCUGGUAGAUAGUUUAAUCAAUUUAGUUAUUAUAAUUAUUAUUAUUAUUAUUAAGUCUCAAAAUGAACACAGUACUGUACGGUAUGUUGUAUGUGAGUGACGGUGGAAUGUAGCGCUCUGCGGGAAAGUCAGAUCACUCAGAACCGGGGUCCUUGAUCUCUAAUAAAGAGUGAAUAAAUGUGUGAGGUGACAUGAACAGUAAGCAGAGCUACAGGAGAUAGCAUUUGUUCCCAGGAAGCACUUUUCUGUUUGGGUCUGUAAAGCUCUGCCUCCUCAGUAAACGGCGAGCUGAAGGCCUAGGCAGCGACAGACGCUCUUUAAAUUGUAGCGUAGGCAGAGCUGGUGCAACAACUGCCAUUUUAGUGAUUAAAAGCGAGAUGCUUGAGUGUGAUUUCAGAAGUCAUGAGAUUGUCCAAAUGAUGCCAUGAGGAGAGAGAAAGCGCAUGUGAAUGACUCUGGAUGCAGAAAUCUUUGUUUUGGUUCAAGGGUGUCCUAUACAUAUGUUUGUGGAAGUGCAUGCAUGUAUGUAUUUGUAUGCAUAAGUAUGCACACACACACAAACACAUACACUUCUUACUUAUAUUAAUAUGUUAUAUGUCUUUUUUUGUACAUUAACAUGUCUAGAAAUGCAUAUACUGUAUCUUGCCUUAGUGCAUACAGAUAGUGUGUGUGUGGGUAUGUGUGUGUACUGUGUAUGUGUGAGUGUCUGUGUCAUAUGUUUGUUUAUGUGUGUGUGUGUGUGUGUGUGUGUGUGUAUAGAUACACACACAGACAUUACAUAUAUAUAUAUAUAUAUAUUUAGAUAUUCGACCAGUGUUUCUGUUUAAAGUUCAACUUAAAGAGAAUCUUGCAGUUUGCACAUCUGGAGAGGUAGUAACACGACCUUUAUGAUUUAGUUUUCAGCCAUUGCUCAUCUGCAAGGGCUGAAAGCUCGAUUUAUUGAAAUGUAGCAGUUACUUGACAAGUUUGCUCGGCUUACUGGUCCCCUGUGGCUUUCCUUCUUUCCUCCUUCACUUAUUUAACCCACAGAAACCCUUUUCAGGCCCUUAAGAUGACAUACUGACGUUCUUUAACAUGCAUACAGUGAGAGGAAGGAGGAGCUACUGUACAGCCUGACGCCUGCACACUUGUUGAACUCUCUGAUUGUUGGCUUUGUUCAGGUGUAUUUGAGAUGGAUGGAUGGAUGGAUGGAUGGAUGGAUGGAUGGAUGGGUGAAUAGUUAAAGGAAUGGAUGUGUGAUCAGAUGGCUUGUUGGAUGGUGGUGGGUGGGUGAACACACCCUAUAUAUAAAAAUGCUUUAUUUUUUAUAAUAAAACAGGGUUUCUCAGAUCAACAUCACAACCGUGCAUUUUUUAUUAUUAUUAUUAUUAUUAUUAUUAUUAUUAUUAUUAUUAUUUAAAUUUUUAAACCCCCUUUCAAGAGUGUGUAUGUGUGACGUGUGUCUGUGGUUUCACGUGUCUAUGUAAACGCAGGGUGUUUUAAGACCGGAAAUGAAACGGCUUUACAUAACCAGAUGUCACUUUAUGGCUUUAUGUUUGGGCCAAAAUGCAGAGUUGCUUUUUUUCGUUGUCUUCAUUUCCUUCACCGAUUUGUGUGUUUUGGCAUUGCCUGCAUUUAACCUCGAUUGUUUCAGCACUUUAGUGUGCUCUGUUUAGCAGCAUCUCUCUUUCUGGUUACAUGGUUUUGCUACAGGUAUACAUCACAAGCAUUCCAAAUAAUGACAUAUAGCAAUAACGUGAGUCUGCAGUAUUCAAACCAAAUAGAAAACCUAACAUUUACCACAGGAACUCAGUCAGUCAGCUAUUUAGCCUAAUAGUCUGGCUUUGAGUUGUCAUGAAUUGCACAGCCAGCCCGCAGUAUCUUCUUCAGGGAGAAAUGGAAACAUAUAUGCAGUGAUAUAUGUGUCUUUCUAACCCAGCUCAAUCAUUUUUGUGCUAGUGACCUCCAGAGCAUGUUCAGGUACCCAUGCAAAGCCAGUGCACCUCGCACCAGUUUACCGCCAGCUACCUUGGCCUUUAUGUACAACUGCCUGCUCUCUCUCUCUCUCUCUCUCUCUCUCUCUCUCUCUCUCUCUCUCUCUCUCUCUCUCUCUCUCUCUCUCUCUCUCUCUCACUCUCACACACACACACACACACACACACACACACACACACUCACACACACACAAUCUCUCACAUUCAUCUAGAGCCAUAGAACCCCAUCAGUAUUGUUUCUCUUAGCCUUUGUCUGGUGUGAUAUUUAUAUCUGGGUGCGUUUUAAGAGCGAACAUGUUUUUUACAAUAACGCAUGCUUUAUAAACAACCUCUCCUUCUUUAGUUUAUUAAUUCAUUGGCUGAGAAGGUUGCUGUCACCAGCAGAGCAGAGAAGAUCAUAGUAAUGGAAACUUUGUGCAUGUGUUCUUUGUUUGUGAGGGUUGUGUUGUGAUUGUGGAGUGAUGUUAGAUACGCCUUGGAAUCCUGGGCCCACAUUUGCAGCAGAAUUGUGCAAGAAUGCUGUUUUAGUCAUUUUGAACCUUUUAGUGGGCUGUGUGUGUGUGUGUGUGUGUGUGUGUGUGUGUGUGUGUGUGUGUGUGUGUGUGUGUGUGUGUGUGUGUGUGUGCGCGCACUUAUGCAGAGCUUAAAAAGGGAAAUAUGUAAAUAAAGCACAUAGGUCAAAAAACAGUUGCGAGUCACAUGCAUUUGCUCGUUUGCUUAAUUAUAGAUCUGAACUGAUGAUUUCAAUCGUCUUUGGAAUCUUUUUCUGACUUUUAGCUCACCUUGUUGUGUAGAUGUGACACAUGUUGAUAUUUGGUGUGAGCUUGGUUUCAGAGACUAGACAGAUUUCUUAGCUCUUAUCAGCAAAGGCUGUACGAAUCGAAGUGCAAAAACUACAGACACAUUUUAGCGAGCUCUUUCCCAACCAACACUGAGUAGGAGUGUUGAUGGAUGUCAGAAUUUUUGUCAGAGUUUCCCUACGCUGAUGCACAACAGACACCCAAAGUUGAUCAUUGUCCUGAUUCAAGCAGCUGGACUGCAUUAUUGCUGCAGUUGCUAGUUUUUAUUUGUUUAGAUUUGAAUAAAUAAUAGUCUAAGUUUUGACCAGAAUUAAAGCCAUUAGAAAACUAGACUUCUGGUCCAGAAUGCUUGUUUGGGUUUGGAUGGGCUUCCUGUUUUAUUUAUUAGACACUCUACCUGGCCACCGUAGAUCCAGGGGAUGGAACUUUGAGAACAGUUGUGGGAAAGAGGGGCUGGUCUCUAAAGGAAUUUAAUUAAAUACAUCAUAUAAAUGUCUAACCCACCUAAUUAACCUAAUGCACCUUUAAAGCACCAUCAUAUUCAUCCCAAGCAGACAUACAGCAUUUGUUGUACGUGCCAAUGCUGUCAUUCCUUUAAUUUAUAUAAUAUCAAAAUUGACAGAAACACAAGUGUAAACAGCACGCCUUAACACCUACCUAUUAUACUUAUGAAAAUAAAAAAAAACAUCUUUUGUUUGCAUGGUUUCUAGUGACGCCUGAAUGCCAUAUAUGGUGACCUGGGGGCGUGGCUGUAUUUAAAAGGCAGUAACACGCACUCUUGGUAUAUAUUAAACGUCAUGAUUUGUGGGUAUGAGCUGUGUAUACAUAUUUAAUCCCAAUUAUAGUGCAGACUUUUAAGUUUGACGUGUAAAAAAAAUGUUUAACGUUGAUAAUAUAAUUUCAAGAUAAGAUAAGAUUUAAGAUAAUUAUAAUUUCAUGAACGAAUUUUCAAAGAAGUGUAAAAGUUUUAAUGGUGUUUUCCCCCGGUUUCUUUGGUAAAUGUGCAAUAUGUAGCAUUUGUGACUUUUUCUGUGACUAUAUACAGCCUUGUAGGCCACGUAAUCCCUGCUUAUUAGGAGGUAAUUUACUGAUAGGGAACCUUUUGGUAUUUAACUUGGCCAUGACGAAUCACUGCUGAUUCCUAUACACGAACAAUAAAGAGCUUUUUUCCCUUAAUGGCACUUAUAUCAGAUACAUCAGAUACAAGAAAUUCCCUUAAUGCAAAUAAAAUAUUCAUGAUCCCAUUUAAACAAGUCUCCCAUAAUCAGUGCAUGAAAAUCCAAAUCAUUUUCCUUAAACAUCAUGCAGUUAAACAUGAUGCAGAAUAGAUGUAGCAUGAAUAGAUGUUACCGUGUACUGUCGCUAAUGGUUUACACUUCAUUAGCACUUGUUAGCUAUGUAACUGUUCCCUGUUGCUGCAGCACAAAUUCUCUUGUUUCUUAUUUCUCAAGUGUGUUUGAGCGUCUUUGGCCAUGGAGUGGCUUUGCAGUUUGUUUUGAUUUAUGCGAUGUGUACGUUUAACAUCAUAAACUUUUCCUCAGGGAUGAGAAGUGUGUCUGAAAGAGUGUGAGUCCAAGCAAACCUAAUAUAAUGCAUAGUUGAAGUGUGUACUGGGUAUUGUGUGUGUGUGUGUGUGUGUGUGUGUGUGUGUGUGUGUGUGUGUGUGUGUGUGUGUGUGUGUUAAUCUGCUGAAAUACAGGAAGCAGUCAAUUCAUUGGCUCUUUGAGUAGGUUUUCCUCACAGGUCCAUGUGUGAGGACUUUCUGAGUUUCUGUUUGUGUAUCUGCCUUAGCUGUCUGUAUAGAGACUAUAGAUUUGUGUGUGUGUGUGUGUGUGUGUGUGUGUGUGUGUGUGUGUGUGUGUGUGUGUGUGUGUGUGUGUGUGUGUGUGUGUGUGUGUGUGUGUGUGUGUGUGUGUGUGUGUGUGUGUUUGGAAGUGUUGCUUCUCAUUGUCUGUGACAUCACAAACCCCGAUCCUCACCUCUUUGAGUGAUCCAGACUGAGAAACGCAUCCAAAACCUCGUUAAAGCAUAGGGACCACUUUUAUUAAAAAAAAAAAUAAUAAAAUGAUAAUAAUAAUAAAAAAAAAAACUUAAAAAAUAAAAACAAUUUUAAAAAAAUAAACAAAAAUGCACAUUUUUGGUCAUUGUAGAGUAGAUUUUAUAAUACUGUUUCAGCACUUUGUAACCUGAGAAAGGCUUGGUGUCAUCACAGUGCCAAGUGUUUUCGAUGGUGUAACAUUCAUUCAAUCGAGAGCAUCAGGGAGAGAAACAGAGUGAGAGUGUGAGACUGUGAGAGGAAGAAAUCCUGCCUGCUGUGACGGUUGCGUUUCUCUUGGUGCAAGGCUGUCUCGCUCUCCACUCGUUCCUGGGUCCAACGAGUUGAGAAGUUGAGGCCGGAGAGUCCGUAUCGAGUUUGCGUGUUCCUCUAGCAACAUGAAAAAGCUUACUGAUAUAGAACACACAUGAUGUAUUUGCUUUCUUGACUGUGUCAUGAAUUGAAUUCUGCUUGGGUCUUCUGUGUAGCACUCUGAUCUUGUGGUUGAGGACAUGAGACGUGUGUUUUAGUGAGUUUUAGUUGAGAAUUUUGAGUCUGUCUGUCAUCUUGUUCAAGGAGCACCACUAUGUCCUUGUUUUACUGGCACAAAUGACAAGAAAACAAUAUUGGUGCAAAUCUAAGUGUUUUUUUUUGUUUGGUUGUUUUUUUUUUUCAGAAAUAAAGCAUGUUUUUUUUUAUUCAUCACAAAAUCAAUUCAGAUUCAAAACCAACCAGGAUUCCUCUGUUCUACCUGACUGUUGUUUGACAUCAUGUAGAUGUCCAAAACCUCUGGAUUAAUAAUUUCAGGCUGAGAUAUCAACCUAAUCUCAUCCUGUACUGUGUCUGUGCGUGUGUGUGUGUGUGUGUGUGUGUGUGUGUGUGUGUGUGUGUGUGUGUGUGUGUGUGUGUGUGUUUCGUAAUAUGGGUAGAUAGUUUCUUAUCACUUGUUAUUCCUCUCCGAUUCAGCUGUAUCAGUGCUGGAUAGUAAGCGCUGUGCACUCUGUAUGGAUGAUGGAGGCAUGGAUGAUGGUUUGUUGCGGUCUUUGUUACACUUAAUCAUGCUGAGUUGGUAAACUGACAAACACACUCAGAGAGAGGGGCCUCUGUCGCUCUGUUCUUCUGUCUUUUCUUUCACAGCUGUCUCAUGUCUGGCCAGAAUAUGGAGGAAACAAGAAACACCUUGUAGAUUCACUUUUUUUGUUAUUAGUUUUUUUUUUGGAACACUAAAAUUGACUGCUUGUCAAUUUCAGGUCCAUCGCAGCCUUGGUUUUUCCUCUAAUAAGAACUGAAACCAAGGACACCGAGACGAUCGUAGCCUCCAAAACGGCCGCAACAUCCGACUUGUGUAUAAAGCUGUUCUCUCACACUCACAGUCAUGGUCAUGUAUCCUCUCAGCUGGUGCAUGUAUUUAUGCAUCACAGUUUUGCUUUACUCCACUUUCAGGAAAAGAAAAUGAACCACUGAAUAUGUUGCCAAUGAUUGUUUGAUGAGAUGUCUCUGUAAAUCUGUAUUCCACAGAAAUCAGUAAGAAAUCUUUAUAUAUAAUAAAAGAAAAUGGAUGACUGGAGGAUGUACAGAUGAUAGAUCGGGCUUUUAAAAAACACCUCAUAAAGCUGGAAAAAUAAUCCACAUGCUUACGCUAGCGAAAAGAGAACCAUUUACUCAUUAUUGAGCGAUUAGCUGAAUAUUUCCCCUGUCCUGCUUUCAUGGCAUCCCAUUUUGCUUGAUUUUAUUAGUCUGGUUUUGCAUUAGAGAUGAGCGUAGCGGGACACAGGAAGUAACUGGUCCUUAAACAGGAACGCUUGAUCUCCGUAACAGUAGCGGUGUAACUCUUGGCUGCUCAGUGUUACAGAUCAGAAGGAGUUUUUUUGUCUUCCACUGGAAGGGAAAUAAAAGCUGUGUAUAGUUUCUUUCUUUUGUUUUUCUUUUUAUUUCCAUUCAAUGGAAAGGAUCAUGAUGGCAGAACCACUCAAAAGGAGGAGCUCCUUUUUAGGGUUGUAGGUGGACAGAAUGCUACAAGAUGUUAUGGUUUCAGAGCUUUGGAGUUACUGGUCUAAUUGUAUAAAAGACUGUUAAAUGAAAACUGUUGAAUGUCACAUCCAGUCCCAAGACACAGUGUUCUUGGUAUUGACACAGAGAAGUCAGGCCAGUAGCAAGAAGCAGUCCUGGGAGAUGGAGGAAUGUUUUGCACCUUACUUAGUACAAGAAGAAAUGGCAUAUAUAUAUAUAUAUAUAUAUAUAUAUAUAUAUAUAUAUAUAUAUAUAUAUAUAUAUAUAUAUAUAAGCAUAAUGGCCUGAAUAGAAACUUAUUUUUAUUUCUUUUUUUUUGUUUGUUUGUUUUUUUUUGUUUUGUUUUUUUGUUUCCAUAUGCGUGCAUACUCUGUACAUUGUGUAAAAUAUUGUACUUGCACUAGCCUUUUUUUUUUAAUGGAAACUAAUAUAAAAAAUCAAGAAUUGAAAUUCUAUUUUCUAAUUGUGGUGUGUCUAUUUGUAGGAUACACUCACAUCCGUUUUCUUGGAUUUUAUGGUCCCUUUCUUUGAUGGUGCUUGCCAGUUUUCUAGUUAGAAUUUCAUUAUUCAGAAUAACAAAACAAUAUUUGAUUCAGGUUGUGAACAAACUUGUUAAGAAAAAAAGUACAAAUACAAAAAAACAAAAACAAAAAAAAAAUACAACAAAUCGUCUGUAUACCAGUACAAGUUUAUUGUUUCAGUAUACACGUACUAAUAAAAUUACAGUGCCAAUAGAAAA